CCGGGGCCGUCGCGGCAGCCGGCACCUGCACGAACUACAAGUCCCAGAGUGCUCCGCGGCCGGCGCGGUGACGUCAGACGCAGGGCUCUCUUUAGGUCACUCGUACCCGGACGUAGGCCCCUUUCCCUCCCCGGAAGAUGGCGGGUGAGAAGGCGGCCGCUGAGAAAAAGCCGGGCGAGAAAAAGCCGGCCAAGAAGAAGCCGGGUGAGAAGAAGUCCCUGGAGCAGAAACCAAUCCAGAAGGAAGGAGGAGAGAAGAAGAAGAGGGUUAAGAAGCAUCAUGCCAGCCGGAACCCUGUCCUGGCCCGGGGCAUCGGGAGGUAUUCCCGCUCAGCUAUGUAUGCCAGGAAAGCACUGUACAAGCGCAAGUACACUGCUCCAGUAACAAGGAUAGAAAGGAAGAAGAGAAAGAGGCCCCGCACGACCAUCACCAAGCCAGUGGGGGGGGACAAGAAUGGAGGCAGCCGUGUGGUGAAAAUCCGCAAACUGCCCAGGUACUAUCCCACUGAGGAUGUUCCUCGCAAGCUUUUGAGUCAUGGCAAGAAGCCCUUCAGCCAGCACAAGAGGCGGCUGAGGGCCUCCAUCACUCCGGGGACUGUUCUGAUCCUCCUGACCGGUCGUCACAGAGGCAAGCGUGUCGUCUUCUUGAAGCAGCUUGAUACUGGCCUUUUGCUUGUUACAGGACCCUUGGUUGUCAAUCGUGUCCCUCUGCGUAGGGCCCAUCAGAAAUUUGUUAUUGCUACAUCUACAAAGGUGGAUAUCUCUGGAGUGAAAAUUCCCAAGCAUCUCACUGAUGCAUACUUCAAGAAGAAGAGGCUGCGGAAGCCCAAGCACCAGGAAGGCGAGAUCUUUGACACUGAGAAGGAAAAAUACGAGAUAACGGAGCAGCGCAAGGUGGACCAGAAGGCGGUGGAUUCCCAGAUCCUGGCGCGAAUCAAGAAGGUGCCUCAGCUCCGUGGGUACCUGCGUUCUACAUUCUGUCUCUCCAAUGGAGUCUAUCCUCACAAAUUGGUGUUCUAACUGUCCUGAAAGCACCACAUUAAAUUCGAAGGAAAAACCAGGA